UUACCAUUGGAUGCGCGAACUUUACUAGGAACUGAUAAGUACACGACAAUUUAUGAAAUAAAUGGUGGAGAAUAUCUUCAUCUGGGAUUAGAAAGGGCAGUAAGGUCAAUUAUAAGAGAAAACAAAAAAAAAGGAGUAACAACGAGACAUAUAAAAUUAGCUGUAAACGUCGAUGGUUUACCCAUUUAUACAUCAUGCAAAGAAAGUUUAUGGCUAAUUUUAUGUUCUGAAAUGAAUUCGAAAGAAGUGUAUCCCGUUGGUGUAUAUUAUGGCAGAGAAAAACCACACGAUGCAAACGAAUUUUUAAAACAUUUUGUAGACGAAGCCACUACGAUAAUCAACUGUGGACUGAGAGAUGAAAACGUGACUGUAUCGUUUGACGUUUUAAUCUGCGAUACACCAGCAAAAGCUUUUUUUCUGUAUUUAAAGGGACACACCGGAUACGACAGUUGUCCAAAGUGUAAUAUAGGUGGAACUUAAGUUAUAACUAAACCGAAAACAAAAAAUUCUAAACAAAGAGGACAAAUUUGCUUUCCAGGAACUGGACCGUUCAAAUUAAAAACUGACGACGACACAUCAGAAUCAAACGUUAAGCCCAAUCUGACAAACAUUCCAGGAUUUGGUUAUAUAUCUUCGGUUCCGCUCGACUAUAUGCACCUGAUUCUGUUAGGUGUCAUGAAAAAAUUAAUAACACUUUGGAUACUUGGACCUCUAAAAGUAAGAUUGUCAACAAAAGAAGUAAAUAAUAUAUCAAAAAUGUUAUUAAAACUACGUCGCAGCGCUCCAUCAGAAUUUGCAAGAAAACCACGACUACUUUCUGACUUCAAAUUCUGGAAGGCCACUGAGUUUCGAACGUUUCUCCUUUACACAGGCCCAAUCGUUUUGAAAAAAAUUUUUUAUUUGAAAGAAAAACCUGAAAUAUAUUCGCAUUUCUUAUUGUUGCAUUUUGCAGCUACAAUUUUAGUUAAUGCAGAUCUUUCGCGAGUCCAGUCUAAUAUUGAUUAUGCCGAUAAUCUUCUAAACCGAUUUGUUAAAGAAUUUCCAAAUAUUUACGCCGAAAAAUAUGUAUCACAAAACGUACAUAAUUUACUACACAUUUGUGCAGAUGUAAAACGCUUUGGAAAUUUGGAUAAAUUCAGUGCAUUCCGUUUCGAAAAUUAUAUGCUUACAAUCAAAAAAAUGAUUCGAAAAGGGGAAAAACCUCUUGAGCAAAUAGCUCGCCGAUAUAGUGAAUUAGAAAAGACCAGUAUAGAUAGUAUGGAAAUUCCUGAGUCCUUGUCCUCCAGUUCAAAAAUGGAUUUACAAGGAGAACAUUAUAAUGGACCACUAACAAAUGAGAUUCCUUUUGGUGUUCACCAAUUUAAAAUCUUAAAAACCGAAACGUUAAAUCUAAAUUGUAAUAAUUCAAAAGAUUCAUGUGUUUUAUUAGAUGAUGGAAACUUUGCCGUAAUAAGCAACAUUGUGCAGCAACAAAGUGGAAAAAUUUGCUUGAUUGGAAAAUUGUAUUUACCUAUUGAAAAAUUAUACCAUGAUCUUGACUCAAGCUUUUUGAACAUACAUUAUGCUUCUCAAAGUCAAAGUUCAAAUAACCAUUUAAUUCAUGUUGAUAACGUUGUAACAAAAGCAUGGAAAGUGCCUUGCAAAAGUAGGAUUAUAGUGCUCCCAUUGGCACAUAAUCUUGAAUAAAGAGCACGGAAAAUCCGAGAUGAGGCAAAUUAUUUUCAGUCUUUAAUCGUAUUCAAAAUAUAAAAUUAAUUUUCAACGAUACCGAAUGAAAAUACCAUCACGGAAAUUCAUUCCUUUUUAAUUGGCUAGAGUGGUUGUAAUCGCCUGAAGCUUGGGUUCUAAUUAUUCAGAUUAGAUUUCAGAGGAAGUAUAAAAUUUUAAUAAUUGGUAAUUUGGGUAGCAGAAUUUUUGCUGGUUUACCAACUUCUUCUUCAAGUUACGGAACGAUUCAUUUAAAUUUCUUCUCUGAUUUCACAUUGUCGGAGAAUAUUUACGCCUUCUACUAUAAUACUCGAAAAUUAUUUUACAACUUAAUGAAUUUAAAAGCUGCCAAAUACAUUGAUACAUUAAUUCCAAUUUUUCAAAAAAUGCGGUUAAUCAUCGAGAAUAUUUGCAAAAUGUCGAAAACAAUGAAACUGCCGGCGAAACGAUUUUUAAAAUUAAAAAAAAAUGUAAUAAAUUCUUUUUUUUACAAAUUAUUCAUGAUGUUUUUUAAUUGCAACAAAAUGUUUCUAUCCAGUUUUUGGGAUUUAUUCGUUUAAUUGAGAAUUUAAUUACAAAAGCAAGAAAAUCGAAGGAAACUUUGAAGAGUCUAUCAUCAACAAUUGAUUUUCCUGCUGGUGUGGAAAAAAUUCGAUCUUAAAAGUUUUACUACGUGGAAAUAAUUUUAAAAUUAGUCGACUUACGGGAUACUAAUUUUAUCAAAUGGGAAAAAAACGUCUGGUUUUUUCUUUGGACCUGCCUUUGUUUUGGGAUUAUUAACAACAAGCUGAAAAUAAUGCACAAAUAUAGAUUUUCCACAGAUCAAGCAGCAAGAAUUAACUUAUUUAGUGUGAUUUAAUUAUUUAAUUUAAUUAAUUAUUUAUAUAAAAAUGUUUAUUUUUAA